AUGCUUUUCGUUUCUGUUAUAACAGUACUUCAGGAUUGUUAUGGUGUUCCGUAUGUUCCGGAGGGCCAGUGGCUGUGCCGCCGUUGCCAGAUGUCGCCGUCGACGCCAGUUUCCUGUGUCCUCUGUCCAAGUUCGCAUGGCGCGUUCAAGCAAACGGUUGACAAUAACUGGGCUCAUGUUGUCUGUGCUCUUUGGCUGAAUGAGGUCCAUUUUGCGAAUAGUGUCUUUAUGGAGCCGAUCGAUGGAGUGGCGAAUUCACUAAGACGACGCUGCAAAUUGAGAUGUAUUGUUUGUAAGAAGAAAGUUGGCGCCUGCUUACAGUGUUCCAAGGUACUUUUAUUGCCUUUAUUAUAG